AUGUCUUCAAUCAAAGCAACGUCCCAUUUAUUAUUCUAUUCUUUCGCAUUUGGUGGAACCACAUUCUAUUCCUACUUUGCAUCUCCCAUUGCAUUCAAAGUCUUAGAAAGAGAACAAUUCUCUAAAUUGCAAAAUAAUAUCUUCCCUUAUUUCUUUCAGUUAGAAGCAAUCUCACCAUUAAUCCUCGCACUAACUUCGCCAUUCUCAUUAACCCAAGGUCCUAUAAUUACCUUAACGAUGGCAACGUUAAGUGGAUUAACUAAUCUUUGUUGGUUAUUACCAUGGACAAGAUCAAUCAAGGAGGAAAGGAAAGAUAUUGCUGAAAACUUUAAGAUUGAUAAAGAUUUAAAGAAAUUCGAAAAACUGGAUGCUCCUUUGAAAAAAGAAUUUGGGAAAUCUCAUGGGUUGAGCUUAUUAAUGAAUAUGACUCAUACUUUGAGCCUUUUAGCAUAUGGUGUCUUAUUCUCAAGGGGAAUCUUCAAAUAUGUUCCUAAAUAA